AUGUGGUACAGCAAACGACACUUCCUCCCCGAAGGUAAGACCGCGGUGAUAGUUGGCGGAUCCCAGGGUGUCGGGUACGAGAUCGCCUUGCAGUUGGCCGACAAAGGGUGCACGGUGGUGCUUGUGGCGCGGACUGAGUCCAAGCUCAAGGCGAAGGCGGCGCUUAUCGAGGCCGAAACCAACUCUACUGCGGAAUACCUAGCCUGUGACGUGUCUGACUACGACCUGUGUGAACACUUUUGGGCGAAACUCGAUGCCCUUGACCUAGAUCCGGACUACUUGUUUUGUUGCGCUGGCUCAGCGGUGCCUAAACUCUUCGGCGAUAUGACCAAGGACGACUUGAACCAAGGGGUCGACCUCAACUACCGAACGGCGGCCAACAUGUGCCACACCUGGUGGGGCCGGAUCAGGGCCGAGGGCAAGCCCGAGAAGCCGCGUCAUAUCGUGUUGUUUUCCUCGGUGCUCGGGUGGUUCCCGUUCAUCGGAUAUGGUCAGUACGCCCCGAUGAAGCAGGCAGUGGCCUCUUUGCUGGUCAUUUUGCGCCAAGAGUUGUCUCCGUUCGGGUUCCGAGUGCUGUGUGUGUUUGCCGGUAACUUCUUGCUGGAAGGCUACGAUGAGGAGCAAAAGACGAAGCCCGAGAUCACCAAAAUCAUCGAGGGUCCUCUGAACCCCAUCACCGGUCAAGAGUGUGCCGCUACUAUUUUGGACCAGCUCGCCAAGGGCUACGACACCAUCACCACCGACUUCAUCGGCUGGGUAUUGUGGUGUUCGGUUCUCGGGGUGUUUGUACCGAGAAAGUGGAACUUCUUCCAGGUGAUCAUGCUGUUGUUGUUGGCCAUCGUCGGCCCCAUGGUCAACUUGGACAUCAACAAGAAAAUCUACGACUACUUUGCCACCCAAAAGGCCAAGACCACUAAACUGGAAUGA